GACAGCAACAGACAAACAACGGUCAUUGAAUGCUCUUCGGACAACAAUAUAUAUACUAUGAGAGCCACCAUGCUCUUGGCCAUGGCCGUACUAGGCUGUUGCUGUCUUUUGAGCGACGCUUUCGUAAUUGGUUCAAAAUCUGGAGUCAACUCUUACAAUUUAGUAAAUCCCAGACGCGAAAAUUUAGAAAGUCAGAUUAUAUACCACCCAACUGAAACACUCCGAAGAAACGUCAUCAAGUCCACUCAAGUUAGGCCCGUUGCCCUUACUCGAAAAACCCAACCAGUUGCACCAAAUCAGAAAGUAUAUCCCCCAGCACCACAAGCUCAACGGGCUCAAACCGUCUAUCCCUCAGCUCCACGACCUCAAAACGUCUAUCCACCAGCUCCAAGAGCUCGAAACGUCUAUCCCCAAGCUUCAAGAGCUCAAAAUGUCUAUCCCCCAGCUCCAAGAGCUCAAAAUGUCUAUCCUCCAGCUCCAAGGGCUCAAAAUGUCUAUCCCCCAGCUCCAAGGGCUCAAAAUGUCUAUCCCCCAGCUCCAAGAGCUGAAACUGUCUACCCCCCAGCUCCAAGAGCUCAAAAUGUCUAUCCCCCAACUCCAAGAGCUCAAAAUGUCUAUCCCCCAGCUCCAAGAGCUCAAAAUGUCUAUCUCCCAGCUCCAAGAGCUGAAACUGUCUACCCCCCAGCUCCAAGAGCUCAAAAUGUCUAUCCCCCAACUCCAAGAGCUCAAAAUGUCUAUCCCCCAGCUCCAAGAGCUCAAAAUGUCUAUCCCCCAGCUCCAAGAGCUGAAACCGUCUACCCCCCAGCUCCAAGAGCUCAAAACGUUUAUCCCCCAACUCCAAGAGCUCAAAUUGUCUAUCCACCAGCUCCAAGAGCUCAAAAUAAUGUCUAUCCCCCAGCUCCAAGAGCUCAAAACGUCUAUCCACCAGCUCCAAGAGCUCAAAAUAAUGUCUAUCCCCCAGCUCCACGACCUCAAAAGGUCUCUCCCCAAGCUCCGACAUAUACCCCCAUAGUCACGCCCUCUGGUCCCUCAAGAGUCCAACCCACGGUGUAUGAGAACCCUCCAAACACACAGCCUCAGUAUGUCAUUGCCAAUGGCCAACCUGAUUACUACGGGUCCCAGAUCGAGCAAGGAUACGGCAGGAACACACCUAGACACCAACCCUUCCCCCAUAAUACUAUCAUUAUCAUCAAGGAGGACUACCCUAAUGCUCGUGCUGCUUCCGCCCCUGCCCAGGCUCAAGCCCCUCUCGUCUCAGCCCCUGCUUCAAGCGCAAUCGAUGCGCCUACCCCUGUUUCCGUUCCUGUCCAGGCUCAAGCCCCUCUCGCUCCAGCCCCUGCUUCAAACGUAGUCUCUGCCACCGCUUCUUCCUCAUUCCCGGUUCCAGCAACUAAGACAGGAGCCUCACCACAGGUACCCGCUCCAGAACCCAACUCCCCGGUAAGUUUUGCAUCUGGUCUCUUCCCUGCUGGACCUGAAGGCAGAUACUACGACAAAAUGUUGAGACUCAGCAUGCUCGCUGAAAUGGAGCUUCCGCACUAUGGUGGACAUCAGAACUUGCACCAGCUCGCUCAAACUCUUGGAGCACCUGCCAGCCGGGGUGCAGCUCAGUCUCCAGCUGCCACGUCUGCCUUCCAAGCGCCUUACUUUUCGAAGGGUGCUCAAGGUGCAAGUUACCAAAACAAGUUUGAUCGCUUAUACUCCCUUCAACUCGCUGAGGCACUGGACCUUCCUCCCUUCCCUGGCCACGUAGCGUCAGGUGCUCCCGGUAAACCAAAUGUCGCUAACAGUCCCAAGGAAGCAGCACUGGCAGCGGAACCAGCAUCAGCACCGACAGCAGAACCACCACUACAACCAGCAGUACUGGAAGCAGUACCAGCAGCAAAGGCAGCAACAGACGCAGCAGCAACUCCGGCAGCAACACAGGCAGCGGAACCAGCAGCAACAACACUAGUAGAACAAGCACCAAAGCCACCAGUAGAACCAGCAGCAUACCCCGCUGGUUCACAACAGUUCAAUCCUUAUGACCUCUAUCUCCGCGAGGCUCUUGACUUACCUCUUAUGCCUCUCGCGGGAUAGAUAUGCACAUGUCUACUGACGUUUCAGUCUUUUGUAGCCGAGGACCUGAUGUUGAUGUUCUCCUUCAAACAGAAAUUGAAAUGUCACAUGUUUCUGUGGUGGGAUUAUGUGUGGUCUCAUUUGAAAAAUGAGUAUAUCUUGCAUGUGUGUAUUUUGUUCAAAGCUGGAUGCGUCAAUAAUAAACACCGCAA